AUGUUCUUUGAUAUUGUCAGAUGCACGCAAAUGACGCAAAUGUCACUUAGACAGCGUCUCUUUCUUUUCUGUCAAGUCAGCAAAACAUUCUCCCCUCACUCCAGUGACAAAAUAUUUUACUCUCUCUCUCGCUCUUUCUCUAUUUCUCUUUCACCCCCAUCUAUCUAUCUAUCUAUCUAUCUAUCUAUCUCAGUCUAUUCGUAUCUAUCUAUCUCAGUCUAUUCGUAUCUAUCUAUCUAUCUAUCUAUCUAUCUAUCUAUCUAUCUAUCUAUCUAUGUUCAUAUCUAUUUAUCUCAGUCUAUUCGUAUCUAUCUAUCUAUCUAUCUAUCUAUCUAUCUGUCAGGUUUUGUUCAUUUUUCUAUCUAUAUAUCUAUGUUUCCAUCUAUCUAUACCAGUUUGUUCAUAUCUAUCUAUCUAUCUAUCUAUCUAUCUAUCUAUCUAUCUAUCUAUCUCAGCCUAUUCGUAUCUAUCUAUCUAUCUAUCUAUCACUCUGUUCAUACCUAUCAGUCUCAGACUUUCCUAUCUAUGUAUCUAUCUAUCUAUCUUAUAACUUUAGCAAUUCCUUUAUUUUUCAUUAGCUUUCUAUAUAUGUCUGUUCAAAUCUAUCUAUCUAUCUAUCUAUCUAUCUAUCUAUCUAUCUAA